AUGGAGGUGGUUGUGCUGAUGGAGGUACUGGUAGAGGUGGUUGUGCUAAUGGAGGUGAUGGUGGAGGUGGUUGUGCUAAUGGAGGUGAUGGUGGAGGUGGUUGUGCUAAUGGAGGUGGUGGUGCUGGUGGUUGUGCUGGUGGAGGUGGAGGUGGUUGUGCUGAUGGAGUCCGGAGCGACUGGAGCGAAGACGGAGACGGAGCACAUUACGACGGCAUCUGCCAGGCCCAAACUCUCCGGGGACCCCAGGGUGUUCCCCAACAAACUGUCAACGAUCAUUUGGGGCGUCGGAGCCCGGGCCCGCACCGGGCCCCACUCCCCAGGGCGUCGGAGCCCGGGCCCGCGCUGGGACCCUCUCCCCAAGGCGUUGGAGCCCAUGCCCACGCCGGGCCCCUCUCCCCAGGGCGUCGGAGCCCAUGGCUGCGCCGGGCCCCUCGCCCCAGGGCGUCGGAGCCCAUGCCCGCGCCGGGCCCCUCGCCCCAGGGCGUCAGAGCCCAUGCCCGCGCCGGGCCCCUCUCCCCAGGGCGUCAGAGCCCAUGCCCGCGCCGGGCCCCUCUCCCCAGGGCGUCAGAGCCCAUGCCCGCGCCGGGCCCCUCUCCCCAGGGCGUCGGAGCCCGGGCCCACGGCGUCGGAGCCCGUGCCCGUGCCGGGCCCCACUCCCCAGGGCGUCGGAACCCGGGCCCACGCCGGGCCCCUCGCGCCAGGGCGUCGGAGCCCAUGCCUGCGCCGGGCCCCGCUCCCCAGGGCGUCGGAGCCCAUGCCCGCGCCGGGCCCCUCUCCCCAGGGCGUCGGAGCCCGGGCCCGUGCCGGGCCUCUCACCCCAGGGCGUCGGAUCCCAUGCCCGCGCCGGGCCCCUCACCCCAGGGCGUCGGAGCCUGUGCCCGCGCCAGGCCCCUCACCCCAGGGUUCCCCCUUCCUCCUGCAGUGGCUCUGA